AUGCUCAUACACGAUAACGGGCGUCAUUUGGUCUUUGGUCUCCCUUAUGUUCUUAUUGAUAUUAUACCAUCAACUGAAGAGACGGAAAGAACUCUCAAUCUUUGUCACGUCACAGCUUCUAACGUAGUUGAAAAUUCUAGAGAACAAAUCCACAAAUGCACAGUUGACUUUGUCACGAAAUCGCUUGAAAAAAAAAUCAUAGAUGAUUUGAAGGAAAGGGAAAGUUUCGAAACUUCCGAACCAACUAUUUUUCAGUCAGAUAUGAACGACUUCAAUUUUCCAACAGAACUUUAUUUUGAUCUGUGGGGUUUGGUGGAUGAUUAUAGAAAUGGUCGCCUUGGAAAAGUUGAAAUGCCUGCGGAAAAAAUUGCUACUGAUGAAAAAUUAUUGUCUAAUGAACAAAAACAUUGA